AUGGCCUCCACUUCCAAGCCCACUCGGGGGCUGAAAACCACGUUGAAGAGCAAGAAAGAAAGCGCUCGUAAGAUAAACGCGGACAGCACGCCUGCCGAGAAACACGAGGGAGAGGACCAGGAUCAGCCACCCCCGUACAAACCGACCGGCACGCUACUUAAGAAAGACAGAGACACCAAGACUUCAGGUCUACAAUCUGCCCGGUUGGAGGCCAUGGAGAAGGCCAUCGAAGCUGUUAUCCUGGCCACUAUCGACGGCGCCCCAGACGACCUACGAGAACCAAUGGCACGCAACACGUCGAUAGCAAUCGGGAUGUUUGCCACGACUCUUGCGUAUUUGGGAAGCGGUAAACAUGGACGAAAGUUCGUGAAGAAAACCAUCAAAGCCGUCAGCAGGAGUAAGAAGGACAUGCAAAUGGACUAUGACCGUCGGUCAACCCCCCCUAGUUUCUUUGAGCGACUGCGAAGACUUGGACAUUCUGUUAAAAAGUCGGGAAGGCUGGAUAAUGAAAGAAACAUUUCUUUGUCUUACUCCGCUAUGGCAUUACUGCCCGUACGAGAGGCCUCAAGGACGGCCGUAACAGCUACCUUUGUGGAGCUUAUCACCGACAUCUCGGCCGACUUGUUUGACUCACCUUUCCCGAGAUUGACAGCUGACACUUAUUAUGCCUACUCCGCAACUGCCCCCAAUGCGGUUACCGGGCUUGACCCGAUUAAUUUCAUCUCGUUGAUCUUCAGGCGUGUCCGUUUUACCGCGAUCGGUAAUGCUGCUUAG